AUGAUUUUACCCUUCUUCGGUCUCGUUUUGACAACAGUUCAAUACUUUGACGAUCACAAGAUUCACUUUGACCCAAACAGUCUCUACCAAGAUAUAGCGGAAUGCGUCAAACAGGUGCACGUCACCGGCGAAAUGUACAAGAGUGUGCUGAGCAAUAUGGAGAAAUACGUUCACAAGAAUCCGGGCCUCUCCGAGUACCUGCAACGGAAUGCCGGGAUGACGUACAUGUUGGGACCGGAUUGGCGAGAGCUCUUCACUCAUGUCGUCGUGCAGGCUCGGAAACCCGAUUUCUUUCAGGGCAAAACCCCAUUUCGUCUUUUCAACGAGACAACCGGCAAUCUUCACUAUGAAAAAGUUCAAGAGCUGGAGCCCGGAAAAGUCUAUGCCGGGGGAAACAUUGGCGAAUUCGCUUCAAAAGCGAGUCUAACCGGCAAAGGAGUUUUGUAUUUCGGCGAUCACAUCUACACUGAUUUGGCCGAUCCAAUGUUGAGACUAGGCUGGCAUACGGCAGCAAUUGUGCCCGAGUUGGCCCGAGAGAUCCGUGCACAAAAUACCGAUGAGUACAGAGAAAACGUGAAAGCGAUCUUCAAUCCACGAUUUGGUUCCAUGUUCCGAACUUAUCACAAUAUGACGUUUUUCUCGAGGAGAUUGAUGAGACUCUCCGAUUUCUACACUUCUCGAUUGCCGAAUUUGCUGAAAUAUGAUGUGGAUCACUCAUUUUUCCCACGAAGAAAUGAACUGUGGUCGCUGCUGAGAAGAGCGCAAUGGGCGGCGGGCCAACAAAAAAUUGACCCGCCUAGAAGAAGGAUGGAGCUGGUGGACGCGAUCGAGAUUCCGCGCGUCGGCAACGUCUUCCUUCGACAGGGACCGCGACGAGAACAACGGGGAUCGCUGAUUUUGAUGGGCCAUCACAUGAUCUUCGCUCCACAAGCCGAUUCAUCAAACGAUCCAAACAACACGGCGAAUAAGGAGGAGUUCUGUAUUCUUCAUCGAAUGAUCGAUCGCGUUGUUAGCGAGCCCCGAUCGCGUGAUCCAAACUCGAAAGGAGGGAUCUUGACGCUAAAGUGCAAGAAUUUUAUGAUUUGCGUCUUCGAGGUACUCGAGCUGGACGAGUGUAUGGCUGCGGCGAGAACAAUCGAAACGUUGAGCAAUUUGAACGGUUUCUCUCUCGACUACCCAUUCUUCUAUCGAUGCCCGUUUACGAUUCUCGACGAUGGAUGGAGAGCAUUUGAUGUUGAAAGUGAAUUCGCGAGGGUUUCCAUGAAUGCACCCGAAAUGUUUCGUGUCUCGGAGGUGAAUAAGGAUUUCAAGGUUUGUGCAUCUUAUCCGGAGAAGGUGAUCGUUCCGCGAGGGAUUGGCGACGACUAUCUGAGGAUUUCGGCCACAUUUCGUGAUGGAGGACGUUUCCCGGUGUUGGCCUACUUUCACAGACAUACAAAGUCACCGAUCUUCCGAUGCAGCCAGCCGCUAAUCGGACCAACAAACAGACGGUGUAAGGAAGAUGAGACGAUUCUGAAUGCUCUUCUUUCAAUUGCACGAGGGAUUAUCAUCGACACGAGAAGUAAAGUGAAUGCACAAUCGGCUAAAGCUAAAGGAGGUGGCGCCGAGACGCAACAAUGCUAUUCGCAAUGGCGUUAUGUCACUUGUGGAACACCGAGGAUCAAGGAUUUGCACGAUUCGCUGGCGAAAAUGGUUGAUGUCUCGAUCGACAAGUCAGUUUCAUCGGAUCGUUGGCUUUCCCGUCUCGCCUCAUCAUCAUGGCUUUCUUCAAUCGCCGAUUAUCUAAACGCGGCCGCGAAUGUGGCUCAAUGCGUUGCAUGUGAAGGUACCCAAGAAGUCCCAGUCGUUGUUCAUGGUGGUGAGGGUGUUGAUUCGACGAUUCUCGUCACUUCAUUGGCGCAAAUGAUUCUUGAUCCAGACGCGAGAACGAUUCGAGGAUUCCAAUCACUGAUCGAACGGGAAUGGAUAUGUGGAGGUCAUCCGUUUAGUUUACGCAAUGCACAUUCGGCGUUUGCUGAGGGCACGAUCACUGGACCCUACGAGGCGCCUGUCUUCUUGGCUUUUCUCGAUUGUGUUUGGCAGUUAACGCAACAAUUCCAACAUUCGUUCGAAUUCACCGAGGGCUUUCUUCUGGAUCUCUUCGAACACUCAUACGCAUCGGAAUUUGGCUCAUUUUUGGGCAACAAUGAAAUGGAGAAACAAAAACAUCAAGUACGACAACACACGGUCUCGUUGUGGUCCUAUGUGAAUAAUCCGGAGAUUCUCAAAUCGUACGUGAACGUCCUUUACGAGCCGAAUGAAAGUGUCACAUGGCCGAGCGUGGCACCGCAAAGCAUUCAAGUAUGGGAACGUCUCUUUCUACGAUGGCAACGCGAUUGGACUGAGGUGAAUGCGAUUCGUGAAGCGGCUGUACAAUGGAGAUUGAAGGAGAGACAAUUGGCGAGCAAGGCCUUAUCGUUGAGGAGGCAACUCGUCGAAUUGAUGAAAGAGGCACAUUUGGCAAAAACGCUCAACGAUGUCCGCGUGGCUGAU